AUAUAACUGAAAUGUGACUGGGUUAUCCAAUUCCCACCGCCGGCGGAACUAACAAUUCUCGAUUACUUCGGUGGCGAACCGGGAAGAGUUGGCGGUCUAAGACGGCUCUCUCGUCGAGGCAUCGCUAUUGCAGUGAAGUGCGAUAGUCAAUUUUCUUCAGAAUUGAAGGGAAAAGGUUGAAGAAUGCCAAAUGGACAAGUUUUCCAUUACGGAUUGGAGAUAUGGCUACUUUUCAGACCGUAAAUGGCCAUCUGAAGCAGUUGAUAUUCACCAUGUUGUUGUUCUCAGGAAUAGGAGUGGUGAAAAGGGUUUCCUCUUCUGCUUUUUUGCAGCCCUUGCGUUCUGUUUUUUCCUACUCAAGGGACAAUCAAUCUUUGUCGCCUUAUGGUGCUUGGUCUUGAAUGUAUUCUUUGGCAAGAAGUUGUUCAAGGGAACGGUUGAGAAAGAGACUGUUAUGGUUUUGCCAAAUUUUGGAGUCCAACUUGAAACUCACUUUAGAAGUGGGAAAGUCAUCCGUCGGUUUGUGCCUGUUGAUAAAAUUUUAAAACCAGUCCUCCUUGAAUGCCUAACACCAGUUACUUGUUACUGGAGCCUGUCUUUGAUACUACAAGGGGAAGACGAACUAUUGUUGGUUUUCAAGGAAUUACGUCCACCGGUGAAAAUGCUGGUACCUAUCUGGAAGGCUUUAUGUACUGCUACUGGUGAUGAUAAAAAUAGAGAUGCUUGUUCAUAAGGCGAUCAGCAACUGUAGCUCCUGUGUAUCAUGUGAAUUUACCUACUCAAAUUCUACCUUUAGUCGUGUAUGUAAAUGUAUUAAUUUUUGUAGUACUUUGAUCUCUCUCUUCCACCAUUCGUUUCUGUUUAAAUUUAUCUCACAGGUUCAAGGUGCCAUUAUGGCCUCGUUCGAAAACAUUUUGAGCCUACAAAAAAGAGUUCAUAGUUCAGAGUUGGAACCAGCUUAUAACAAGAAUUCUUAGAUUUCCCUAUUUCUUUUUUUGUAUUUUACUUUUUCAAAGAAUACAUUCGUUUAUCAUUUAAAUAUUUAAAUGUUAGUAAACAAUUUUCGUUGUAAAACCAGAAAACUAAACUAUUGUCAGGACUUGUUUUAAGUACAACAAUUGAGCUAUGAGGAUUUGAACAUUGCGCUCA